GGCGGGGUCAGGGUUUGUGUUACACACGGUGCGGGAACACUAGGAGGAGUAAUAUGGCAGCAGCGAGGUAACAGGACAGGAGACAGGGACCUGGGACAAGGUGUCUACAUGGACUUGAGGUGGAAAGGAUAAGAAGCCGCAGACAUGGACUCCCAGUCUUUAGAUGGAUGCAUCCAGAAGACGCUGUCCUCCCUUUACCCACCCUUUGAAUACACUGCGGCCACUGUACUCUGCCAAGUCUUCGAUGUAGUGGAGAAAACUUACCGUGGGGACGGGCUAAGCUAUCUCAUUGAUUUCCUGAUUCCUGCAAAGCGUGUUCUCCACAGCCUGCAACAGGAAGCUUGUUUGCAGUAUUAUGGUUUGCUAUUCAGGCAUGCUGGGUGGCCUCUGUGUAUCCAUGAGAAGAUUGUUCUGCAACUAGCAUCCAUAGAUUGGAGACUUCUUCAGCCUGGUGACUUUUACUUCCAGGUUGUGCCUUACUUGAGAAAGACUCCAAGAAUUGUGCUAAAAUGCCUGGCACAGGAUUAUCAUAACAUUGAGGAGCUGGUCCUCCCAGAAGUAUCCUAUACAUCAAUUUUCAACUUGGAAUGGUUAGAAUUCAUCAACUCAGGACGAAUGGGGAUUUCUCUGGAGAAUUGUCUCCUGAUGUCUGAUGACCAGAUCUUUAGAGUUCCCUGGGAAAGGGUGGUCCAUCCAGAAUUUAUAGACAAAGCACAGCCACAUAACAAAAAAGCGGGUGACAGAAACACAAUUGAACUGUAUCUGGAAUGUAACAAAGGGAUGCCUCAGCCAUCAUUGGUGGAUUUGACAGUUCAGCAUUUUGAAACUGUUAAUGUGGAUUCUGUUUCAGGUGAAACCUCUUAUUUGGAUACUGAGUUACAAGUAAAAACAAUGAUGGCAUCCAGUGAACUUGAAGGGGAGUAUGUAGAACUGUCAGAUAUUUCAGUGCCUCGUUUAGGGCCCCAAUUGGGGUCCCUAACACAGUCUAUUGCCUUAAAUUACAAAAGCCAACAAAAAGCAGUUUCUCAACAGACCCAAGAUAAACAAAACCAUGUUUUGGUUUUGGACAGUAGAACUUGUAAAAUGAAUGUAGUUUCCUUAGAUACAAUGCCAACACUUUGUUCUCUGCAACCUUCCAAAAAAGUGACUUUUUCACAUAAACAGGCAACUCAACAGAAUGUAGAUAUACAGAACAAAAUCAUGGAUUUGACCAUUGGAGAAUCUAUGUCACAAAAGCACUUGAACCAAGAAUCUUUAUUUUCUACUGGUUCUACAAAACAUAGUAUUUCAGAAACAUUUAUUACUCAAAACAGUUGUCUGGAGUAUGAGGACAUUUCAGAGAUUACUCUUUUAGAAAAGGUCAAAGAUACUGGAGACAUUGAUAAGUGCACACAAAACUGUGAACAACCAAGUUCACAGGGAAGUAAUUUUAGGACAUCAUUAUUGUUCCAACAAGAAAGCAGAAGCCACUUUAUAAAUGGCGCUGAGGAUGUCAGAGUGGUGAUAGAUGCAUUACAACAACCUGCUGCAGAGCAUUCCAGACCACAAGAGACUGUGUUGGUUGAAUAUUUACACUCUUCAAGUAAAGCAUUUCCUCAAGAUGUUAUUCGUUAUACUAUAACUGAUGAAUGUGACCAAAGUGUGCCUUCAUUGGAUACAACAACAUGUCUGUUUGAGAAACAAAAAUCUGAAGAAAACACAGCAAAUCCAGAAGAAAGUGCAGAAAACAGAAAUGCAGGUAGCCAUGUUAAGUUUGCCUUUGUUGCAGCUGAAUCAUGUGCCCCUGGUGUUGCUGUGUUGCAGCAAGGGAGUAGUAAUCGAGAUCUUUGCACUGGGUGUGGAGAGCAGGUUGAUGAUGUUAAUAAAGAACUGGUCAGCAGAGCUUUACAGAACAUGCAAUUGCAGAAUGUUCAGUCUUUAGAACAGAGAGAGCAGGAACAUAAAAGUGACUCCCAUAACAGUGAACAAGUGGAUCCACAUCACUCCAUGUGUACAUUGUCUGGGUCAGAAAAAUUGCCCCUGACAUUAGAAACUCUUCAUGAAGUUGUAGAAGAUGAGCAGGACCUCACGGACUGUAACGUAUCAUUCACAAGAGCGAUGCCACCUUCUGAGGAUAUUUCUAAAACAGAACUAGCUUUAGGAAAACUCAGUGACCAGGAAGAAAGGACAGGACAAGAUCCACAGGAGAACUGUUGGCAACAUCUAUGCCAUACACCUGCAUUGUCCAGGAGAAGUAAUGGUCAGCCCAUGACUAUAAUGGCUCAGGAUGUGAAUUUGGAAGUUCUGUUAAGUGAAAUGGUUUAUCUGCCUGGAACAAAGGACAGAAACGGACGUGCAGUAAUAAUAAUAAACACAAGGCAUACUGCCUGGCUGAAUCCACACUGUAAUGCCUCAGAACUGGGUCGUCUGUUACUGUUCUUCUACAGCAUUCCAAGGAAAGAUUGCAGAAGUCUGGGCCUGACACUGCUUGUGGAUGCCCGCCGCUGUUCUCCUGUUCCUGCUCUGUUUAAAGCUUUUCAUAUAGUACAGGCUGCUGUACCAAGCUGCAUCCAUGGUGUUUUGAUGCUUGUGGAAAAGGAUCUUGCCCUGCAUGUGGAGAAGCCUCAGGGUAUACAGUUUGAUCUUGUUACAUCUACAAAAUCCUUGCACAAACAUAUAGAGGCCUCACAACUCCCACUGGAAUUUGAUGGCUCAUUUCAAUACUGCCACAAAGACUGGAUAAUGUUUAGGAUGAAACUGAAGCACCUACAAGAAAGUUGCCGUAACGCUUGUGCAUUUUUGCAGGAUGCCAUAAAAAAUCUGCACAUUGACUCGCUUCCAAAUAAAGCAGAGGAUGCCAGACUUCUCCUGCUAAAAUUUGGAGAACUGAUGAAAAUGGUGCUGGAGGAUGAAAGACUUGUGCAGCUGCAGACAGAGGGAGGAGCCAUUUUAGCGCGACUGAGGAAAGAGGAGUCAUGUGUAACUCAUACUGAGGAUUAUAGGGAUGCUGUUGAUGUGGCAGCAGAGCUGUAUAACCAGGUAGAUGAGGCGGUGCACAGUCUUGUUAAAAUAUCCAACAAGCGCAUACAGGAGAUGGAACUGGUCAUUGAGUUUGAGGCUUUCCAGGAACAAUUUCAAGAGGUUGUCAGUUGGAUUGAACAUGUAGGGGAACACUUACUUAAGGAGUGCAGUACGCUAGAAGAUUCUCUGGAAGUUCUUCUCCAAACACAGAGACUGUUCAAAGAAUUUUAUGUUGUUGCAUGUGAGUAUUGCAAGCGAGGCCGGGAUAUUUUGCAGAAGAUGGAAAAGUGGCAGAAUCUUUCUUCCACCGAGACCCAAAUACACAGAUUAAAAUUGCAAAAGUACAGAGAAAAGGUGGAGGAUUUCUCACGACGCCUGGAAGAAUCUAGAUCCCAACUGCAGAAAACUGUAACACUUUAUCAGUUUUUUGACAAGGCAUACGAAUGGGCUCUGGAAAGAAUGCGGCAUCUUGCCUCCUUUAGCUUCGAUGACUAUAGCUCACCAGAGAUUUGCUUUUCUGCUAUUGAGGGCUUGGAGAGGUAUAAAAUUCAGCACCCAGAAAUUAGUGAGGAGAAAUUCAUGGAGAUGAGAGAACUUGCCCGUGAGUUAAAGAAUGAGAAAGGAACCAAGCAAUGGAAAUUUGCCUGGUCUAAGUGCCAGGAGGCUCGAAAUGUUUUGGAGAAAAAGCUGGAGGCUGCAUUACGGGCAAAAACUUUGUUGUCUGGGGAGCAGAGCUCAUCUGGCACUGCUUCACAGCCAAGAGAAGCUGAUGGAAUGGAGCAGAAAGAACUAUUAGAAUGUAAUAGCAAUACGAACUUAUUCCAAAGCAAACCAUACAAUUCACCAUUCUGCCCAAGAGAAAGGAAGCUGGGCAGAGUACUGUGCAAUAGGUUUGAAUUGGGGAACACAGUUGAUCACACAACAUGCAAAUCAAGUCCCACCUCAGAUGCAGGCUCUAUAGUUAAAUCAGUGUUUAGAACACGCAAAAUGUCUCUGCAGAGCAUUUCUGGAGAGGAUCUUAGUCUUGAUCUCCUCCGUAUUGCCCCUUCAGGCUCUUCAACCCCCACAGUUACACCUCGCCCCAUCACAAGAAGACUGUUAAGAAAGGCACAGAGUUUUGACCUCCCUGGAACUGAAGGGGCAGGUAAUGGGUGUCAAAGAAGGCUGAGUGAACCCACAAGACGUGGCAACACUGGAGUGUUCAUUAAAGGGCUUGAAGUAAGCAGCACAGAACUUGUAGACCGACCCUGCAGCCCCAGACUGCCACGUGACUGGUCAGCCGAGUGUGUGUACAGUGAAAGAAGGUGCAGUAUAUCCUCAUCUGAUGGGAGGAGCCAGAACAGUAAGCUCCACCAUAUUAUUGAUGAGAUGGUAACGACAGAGCGAGAGUAUGUGCGCUCCUUGUGGUACAUCAGUGAGAAUUACUUCCUAGAGAUGGAGCGCUUGGACCUGCCCCAGGAUCUCAGAGGAAAACGGGGAAUCAUAUUUGGAAACCUGGAGAAGCUCAGAGACUUCCAUAGCCAGUAUUUUCUAAAGGAGCUGGAGAGCUGUUGUAAUCACCCAUUGCGUGUCAGCCACUGUUUUCUCAGGCAUAAAGAUCAGUUUGGGAUGUAUGCUUUAUACAGUAAAAACAAACCACGUUCCGACUCCUUGCUUGCCAGCCAUGGGAACAUUUUUUUUAAGAAUAAACAGCACCUUCUGGGAGACAAGAUGGACCUGGCUUCCUAUCUUCUGAAGCCAAUACAGCGAAUGAGCAAAUAUGCGCUGCUUUUAAAGGACCUGAUUAAGGAGUGUGGAGAGGCACAAGAACAAGAGCUUGCUUACUUGCGUGCAGCUGAGGAAAUGGUGAAAUUCCAGCUUCGCCAUGGCAACGACCUGCUAGCUAUGGAUGCAAUCCGAGACUGUGAUGUAAACCUAAAAGAGCAGGGCCAGUUAGUGAGGCAAGACGAGUUCACAGUUUGCCUUGGCCGGAAGAAGUGCCAGAGACAUGUUUUUCUGUUUGAGGAUCUCAUUUUGUUCAGCAAGCCUAAGCGCAUUGAAGGUGGACUUGAUGUGUAUAUCUAUAAACGCUCUUUUAAAACGGCUGACAUUGGGUUAACAGAAAGUUCUGGAGACAAUGGGCUGCGAUUUGAAAUUUGGUUCAGGAGGCGUAAAUCCAAUGACACACACAUACUCCAAGCAAGCAACCCUGAAACUAAGAAAGUAUGGACCAGUGAUAUUGCCAAAAUCCUAUGGCAACAAGCUACCAGAAAUAAAGAAAUCCGAACGCAGGAAAUGGUUUCUAUGGGAGUUGGCAAUAAGCCAUUCUUGGACAUAAAACCUAGCGAUGCAGCUAUAAAUAACAGAGCCAUUGAUUUUACCAUGAAGGGAAGAGGUGCAAGAACCAGAGCUUCAAUCGCAGUAUCCUUUUUUGAUCACUCAGAUCCUUACAAGAGAAGUCAGGCACCCAUAUCCUGCAGUUCAGUAUCUUCUGCUGGAGGACCCUCCUCUGCCUCCUUGUUGGGGCCCCUAAAUCUCCAUACAUAUGUCAAUCAAACUCUGCUGUCGGGAGUGUUUUCAGCCAGCAGACCCUUUGACACUAGCAGUUGCCUGGAAGAGGAUGAACUGGAGAAUGAGACAAACAGCAGCCAGCCUUCCAUGACCACUGAGAGCUCAGAGUCUUCACAAUGUAUGUCUGGUGCAGGGUCCAGUGGGUCAGACAGUGGUUGCGUGUCCAACAUUCCCCAGGACAAUGUAUCUGAGGAUGCUGGAUCUCCUACUGAUGCAUCUGCUCCCUAUUCCAUUCAAGAAGAGAGAAACACCUCCAGUCCAAGGUUUCCACUUGUGGAAAAAAGCAAAUUUAGCAACUGCCAAUAUAUUUCUGCUAACCCAAGCCACAUAUGCUUAAGCCCUUCCACCAUAGUCUGAGAUUCCUAACCUGUGUGUUUGAAGAAGCCUUUCCCGUGUAUGGGACACAAGUGCUCGAUGCACAUAUUCAAGGAUCUGUAUCAGACUCCAAGUCUCCCAUCAUAAAUUUGCACCUACUGCUUCCGGAACUCAUCAUUAGUCUUUCUUACACUUGCUAACUAGUCAGCCACUUACAUUUAUAUGUAUUAUUUGAGCAAAUGUGUAAAUAGUUUAAUAAACUGGUGGCUGUAGUUUCAUGUUAACAUGUUUAGCACUAGCGGAUCAUUUAGUGCUUAAUUCUUUACACUUUUUUGCUAAAGAAGAUGAAUAUUUUGGCUGCACAGUUUGUAAAGUUUGUUGAAAAAAGUUAAGUAACCUCUCAAAAAUAGAAUAACCAUCUAUAUAAUUUCUCAUUGCUGAACUGGAAUUUGAUAAGUGUCUUAUUUUGUAAUAGUUGUACCCAUAGUAGAAAUAAUUUAUUUAAUGGUGACAAUACUUAAAUCUGAAUAAACAGAUUUUGUUGAGUUGA